AAAGUCACUUCCGCUUCCGGCGACCUUCAGAGCAUGUGUGUGAGUGGAGACUGCCGCGGUGUUCCUGUGUGAUGAGGGAAUCUGCGCGCUGAAUCAGGACAAUAGAGAAGGAAAAUGAUGAAGUGGGCUCUGUGUAGAAUACGGGCGGACUGGUUAAAGCAGUCAUUUGUUGCUGCCCGCAGUGCCCGGAUGGUCCAUUUAAAGAAGCCUCCAGACUCUACAGAAGAGGACAGUUCAAAGCCUAUAAAGUUUACUACGAGUAAAGCCAACCCUCGCCAUUGGAAUGUCUCCAAAUCAUUUGGUAGUGAUUACCAGCAGCCAUGGUGGAAAGUCCUGCCAAUCAGUUUGUUUAUCGUGGCUGUUAUGACGUGGGCAGUAUUUCGGAAAGAAACAGAAAUCGACAAGAUCAUCUACCGACCAAUUUCUGAGUUACUAGGCAACAUAGAGACGAACAAAUCACAAGAUGAAAAAGGCAAAUAAGAUUCUUCACGUUGACUUUGUUUGAACUUAUUAUUGCAAGCUUGUGGACGGUAGCACUGCUAUUGCAUACGUGGAUUUGGUCUUCUACAUUUGGACUGGACAGUGUGUCGUGAAGCCAAAUUGUUCUGUCAAACUGUGUAAUGGGUUUUGAGAAUGAGCACGGCAUAUUGUGAUGUAUAAUAUGUAAUAAUUAUUGGCUGAGGGUCUUAAGUGUCUGUGUACAUUUUCAUCAAAAAUGGGGAUUUAAAACGUAUUACUUAUGACAAACAAGGUGAAUUGAGCUGAGCAGCUGAAUAUACAUAGUUGGUCAGCAAAGUCUGUUUCAUUUUUAUGUUGCGCUGCAUUAAAGCGGUAGUAAAGUCUG